AUGAGCUCCUCGGGGCUGCUGUGGAGCUGUGCUUCUCAAGAAUCAAAACCAGCCCUGUUACUCCUGAGAAAAGCCCUCAUCUGGCCUCAUCCCAGGGCAGGCCAGGCCUUCAUGCUUCUGUGGGUGUCAGUGCUGGUCCUGGCUCCUGUCAGUGGAAAAUCUGAAGCUGCGGCCAAACCCGUGAUUUCCCUCCAUCCUCCAUGGACCGUCGUCUUCACAGGAGAGACAGUGACCCUGACUUGUCACGUAUUGCACUUCCACGCUCCAGAGAAAAUAAAACGGUUCCUUUGGUACCUCGAGGGGAGAAUGCUACGCGAAACCCCAGGAAACACCCUGGAGGUCCGUGACUCCGGACAGUACAGAUGCCAGACCCAGGACUCGCUCCCAAGUGACCAUGUGAGCUUGACCUUUUCUUCAGCGAACCUGAUCCUACAGGCUCCCCCCUUCGUGUUUGAAGGCGACUCUGUGGUUCUGAGAUGCCGAGCAAACGCAGAAAUCACUCUGGAUACCACGACACUGCACAGGCGGGGCGAGGUCCUGAGCGUCUCUGAUGAAAGUUCCGACUUCCGCAUCGAGCAAGCAAGUCUCAAAGACAACGGAGACUAUCGCUGUUCCGGAUUUAAGAAUGGCUGCUGUUCCUACUCUUCCAACACGAUCAACAUCGAAGUCCAAGAGCUGUUUCCACGUCCCGUGCUGACAGCCAGCCUCUCACCAACCGUCUCUGGGAAGUCAGUGACCCUGACCUGCAAGACCCAGCUCCCUCCGCUGAGGUCGGACGUCAAACUCUGGUUCCGCUUCUUCAAAGACGACCACAUGCUGCAGUUGGGCUCGGAAAGCUUUCUGAAAAUUUCGACCCUCACCACGAGGAGCAGAGACCCGCCGUAUUACUGGUGCGAGGUCCAGAGAGGGUCUUCCGGCGUCUGCAAACAGAGCCAGAAAUCCCAGCUACACGUGCAGAUCCCUGUGUCUCGUCCUGUCCUCACCCUCAGCCCCCAUGGGGCCUCGGUUCCUGAAGGACAUACAGUGACGCUUACCUGUAAAGCCGAGAGUGGCUCCUUCCCAAUCUUGUACCAAUUCCUUCGUGAAGAAGUCGUCAUCCAGAAGAUGGAGCCCACUCAGGGCAUGAAGUCCGUCAUGUCUCUGAGGGCAGAGCAUUCUGGAAACUACUACUGCACCGCGGACAACGGCCUGGGUGCCCAACGCAGCCUGCCCGUGUACCUCACUGUGACUGUCCCCGUGUCUCGUCCUGUCCUCACCCUCAGCCCCCGUGGGGCCUCGGUUCCUGAAGGACAUACAGUGACACUUUCCUGUAAAGCCGAGAGAGGUUCGCCUCGCAUCCUGUACAAGUUUUAUCACGAGAAUAUCAGCCUGGGGAGCAGGUCGGUCCUGUCUGCAGGAGGAGUGUCCCUCCGUGUCACCGUGACGGUGCAGGACUCUGGGAACUACUUCUGUACCGCUGACAAUGGCUUCGGGCCCCAGCGCAGUGAGGCCAAGAGCCUCUCUGUCAAAGUCCCAGUGUCCCGCCCCAUCCUCGCCAUCAGGAGGCCCAGAUCCCAGAUCGUGGAGGGGGACGUGGUGGAGCUUUACUGUAGGGCCUGGAAGGGCUCUCCCCCCAUCCUGUACCGGUUUUAUCACGAGGACAACGCCCUGGGGAGCAGCAGGGUCUACAACAGAGGAGGAGCGUCCUUCAAACUCCCCCUGUCCGCAGAACAUUCUGGAAAAUAUGCCUGUGAGGCCGACAAUGGCCUGGGGGCUUGGCGCAGUGAGACGGUGUCACUCGACAUCAAAGAUGAAAUGGGAUCUCGCAUGCCCACUACUAAGCACAGGGCCAGGCACAUGCAAGGGCUCAGUGAGGAUGAUGAUGAUGACAAUGACAAGGACAAUGAUGGCGGUGGUGGUGGUGGUGGAGGAAGGCCGACCUCGGACCCCUCCAGGAGCCCUGCAGACUCCGACGUCCGAGAGCCCGUCUACCACAAUGCACCAGCCUGGCUGGAACUGCAGCCAGUAUACAGCAAUGGUGAGGAGCAAGGUGCCCCUGUUUGGGCAGCGAGCCGGGGCUGUGCUCUUUCUCCCUCAGCGAACUCGGACUCCGUGUUAGGGCUCCUCCGGACCCACCUGCCCUCCCACGGCCAGGCCGCCAGCCACCGGCCUUCCGACCCCCCGGGCUCGUCUGUCAUCUACUCCCAGGUGAAGGUGGCAUGCCCCUCGGCCUACGUGGCUCCUCAAAGCUGA